AUGUUGACCUUAUCCCCAGUCGAGGUUUCUGUCAAGCCCUAUAACAGCAACAGCAACAAACUCGCUUUAACCACCUACCCAACCUCCGGCGGCAUCAACCCAAUCCCCCUGAAAUGGGGAGCCAGCAACGCUCAAGAGCGAGGACCGGUAGUAGCAUCAGGACUUAACACACACAAUGCCAUCGGCGCCCACGGUGGCUCAUACUCAGUUUACACAGCCCUCGCCAUCGCCGGCGGUGCUUUGCCCACCGACUUCCGCCCAGACUUCACCAACACCCAGCCAACCUUUGACUUCAAGCCGCAGCCAGCAUGGGCCGACGAAAAGAAAAUCGUCUCCAUGGACCCCUUCGGCCACAUCGUGUCCACAGCAUACAAGACCCAACUCGCGGCCGGCGUCGAUAUCCGACCCACCAUCGCCGUAACGCGCGCAACAAUGCGCAUGGCCGAGGUCGCCGAGGCCGUCAGGGCCGGUAAGUUACCUGUCGACGGCGACAUCGUGAUUGACGCCGCGGGCGACGUGCGCGUCUCAAAAGUCGCCGUCGAGCCCGUCUGGUAUCUGCCCGGCGUCGCGGAGCGGUUCAACAUCGACGAGGCGCAUCUUCGGCGUGCGCUGUUCGAGCACACGGGCAGGAGUUACCCGGAGUUGAUAACGCGGCCGGACAUUAAAGUAUUUUUACCUCCUAUUGGGGGUCUGACGGUUUAUAUUUUUGGUCCGCCGGAGCGUAUUUCGGAUCCGGCGUGUACGCUGGCGUUGCGGGUGCAUGAUGAGUGUAAUGGGAGUGAUGUGUUUCAGUCGGAUAUCUGCACGUGCAGGCCAUACCUUGCAUUUGGUCUGCAGGAGGCUAUUCGCGAAGCUCAGAGUGGUGGCAGCGGGUUGUGCAUCUACUUUCGCAAGGAAGGGCGGGCCCUGGGCGAAGUAGUCAAGUACCUGGUGUACAAUGCGCGCAAGCGCGGCGGCGAUACUGCAGACAAAUACUUCCAGCGGACGGAGAAUGUGGCCGGGGUGCGCGACAUGCGGUUUCAGGCGCUGAUGCCUGAUAUCCUGCACUGGUUGGGCAUAACGAAGAUUGACCGCAUGCUGUCCAUGUCGAAUAUGAAGCAUGACGCUAUUGUGCAGUCGGGGAUCCCGAUUAUUGAGAGGAUUCCAAUUCCUGAUGAUAUGAUCCCGCAAGACUCUAGAGUAGAGAUUGAUGCAAAGAUUAACUCGGGCUACUUCACUACCGGCACAGUCCGCACGACCGAAGAGCUUGCCAAUGUGAAGGGUCGAGGAUGGGCGCAGUGGGAAGAUACUGUGCACUGA